CUCCCAGAAACCGCAAGUCCCAAGAUCGCAUGGAGCCGCGUCUCCUCCCACUCCUCUCAACAAUCUGCAUGGAGAGUGAUGAAGCAAAUCCGCCUUGCUACCUGCGCGCCCCCUUCCCCCGCUGUAUUGAACUUCCUCCGCGCCCAAGUCUUCCGCGUUUUCGAGUCGCCGACGAGUGUCCGCCGUGUCGCCGGUUUUAGAGGACGGGAUGCUAGAUAUAUCUCUACGUGUGUAAGAGAUGGAGGUUUGGGAAAGGGAAUACGGGGAUUCGCUGCACAGAACACAACAUGUGUAGGAGGUGCUGGGAACAAGGCGUUGACAUCGCCGACUGCGCCGUUCAGCCCACGAUGUCAACGAUUCCACCAGCCACGCCGUAGCCACCACGAUGGACUACGUGCGUCAAAUGGGCCUCUUCUAGGUCCUGCUUCAUACCGCAGAGCAUUCUCAACAACACAAAGUCAUGGUUGGAAGCUUUGGCCUAGUACACGGCGGCCGCGACCGCCUCCGUUGCCAGCUCCGGUGUCGCCGCUUGGGACGGUGACAGAGGAAGGAUUGACUGCUCUAGGGCGGACGACCAGGCCGGCAAAUGAGCUCAAGAUCCGGUGUACAGAGCUGGACGAGUCGGGCAACGUGACCAUGGUCAAUGGAGAAUUCAAGAAGAGCGAGUUGAUCGCUAAGUACGGCCUCCUCCCUCGCGAUCUCCGGAAAAUCGACUCCUCGCUGCUCCCCCACAUUCUCGUUCGACCCUCCGCCAUCCUGAUCAACUUGCUCCACCUCCGUGUCCUGAUAAAACACAACCGCGUGCUUGUCUUUGACGCCUACGGGACGUCCGACUCCAAGGCCCAGUCCGUUUUCAUGUACGAUCUCGACCUCAAACUACGGCAGAAGGAGUCUCAAGCAAAUGGGACCCUGGCAUACGAAUUCCGCGCGCUGGAAGCGGUCCUCAUCAGCGUGACGAUGGGCCUGGAGAAGGAGUUCGAGGGCGUGAGCGAGCCUGUUGUCAGGGUUCUGAUGGAGCUGGAGGAGGAUAUCGACAGGGACAAGCUGCGUUACCUGCUCAUUUACUCGAAGAAGCUCGGCUCAUUCGAGCAGAAGGCGCGGCUUGUCCGAGACGCGCUGACGGAGCUACUCGAAGCCGACGACGAUUUGUCGGCCAUGUACCUGAGCGAGAAGGCAGCGGGCAAGACGCGCGGCGAGCACGACCACACGGAAGUGGAGAUGAUGCUGGAAUCGUACCAUAAAGUUGCCGACGAGAUUGUCCAGGCCGCCGAGAACUUGGUGUCGAGUAUACGCAACACCGAGGAGAUCGUCAAAGCCAUCCUCGACGCCAACCGCAACUCGCUCAUGCUCCUGGACCUGCGCUUCUCCAUCCUCACCCUCUCCAUCACCGCCGGCACCUUCGUCGCCGCCCUGUACGGCAUGAACCUCAAGAACUUCAUCGAGGAAUCCGACGCCGGCUUCUGGGCCGUCUCGGCGUGGUGCACCGUCUUCGGCGUCGCCGUCGCCGUCUACGGGAUCCAGAAGUUGCGGCGCGUGCAGCGGUUGAGUAUGUGGGGGCAUGGUGGUGGCUCGAGUAGUGCUUUUGGGAGAAGUGACAGAAGAAGGGAGGAGGAAUCGUUGGGUCGGCGAAGGGGUUGAGGGCUGGAGAGAGCGUCGCGGAUUUGAUACAGAGGGAGCGCGCGUUGGCGAGGCGGUUGGCCAAGGCGGAGGCUAGGGCGAGUGAGGUGCAGAGUAGCUGAGUGCGGUUGGCGAG